AUGGGGGUAGGAAAAGACUGGGGUUCCACGGGACUCUCGGGGAAAACCAGGAUGAAUAUCCUCCUGAGUGAGGAGGCCUUUGGCUUGGAUAUGCAGCCCCAGCACUUCAGGCGGUUCUGCUACCAGGAGGCCGAGGGGCCUCGAGACGUACAUGGAUCAUUCAUGGAGAUGUUUGCCAAGUCAGAAAAGGAUUCGCCAAAGACCUUCCAGAAUCCACAGUUCAGAGCCUUCAAACAGGAGGAUCCAAUGCCAGACACCUCCCCAGACUUUGGAAUGGCAUCCCUGACUCUUUCCAAGUCGUUUCCUCUUUGCGAUGAAGCAGAAGCAGCUGCUAUGCGGCCAGCUCAGACUGAGGAAGGUCCCGUGUCCUUUGAGGAGGUGGAUGUGGACUUCACCAAGGAGGAGUGGGAACUGCUGGAUCCAGGCCAGAGGGCUCUAGCCAUGGAAGUCACACUGGAGAAUUUGGGGAAUGUGGCCUUUCUGGGAGAACUUUUGACUCCAAGACCUGAUCUCAUCUCAUGCCAGAAAGAAGAAGGUGAAGAAAAAGUGUUCACCCAGAGCUCAACGGAAACAGUGGGAGAAGCAGGAAGCAAUGCGCAGGGAAGUGAGAAUGAGUGGGAAAACUAUGGGAUGUUGGCAGAAAGAGCCAAGCAGCCAGGGGUGAAAGAAAAUGUUCACACAGGGGAGAAACCAUAUACAUGCUCACUGUGUGGGAAGAGCUUCAAGGCUAGUUCAUCACUAAAUUUGCAUCAGAGACUCCACACUGGGGAGAAACCAUAUAAAUGUUUGGAAUGUGGAAAGGGCUUCCAUCUGCUCACAACCCUUACUUCUCAUCAAAUAAUCCACACAGGGGAAAAACCAUACAAAUGCUCAGAUUGUGGGAAAGGCUUCAGUCACACAGGAACCCUUACUUACCAUCAGAGAAUCCACACAGGAGAGAAGCCCUAUAAAUGCUCAGUGUGUGGAAAGGGAUUUGCAGUGAGCUCAUCUCUAAAUUCUCAUCAAAGGACCCACACGGGGGAGAAAUCAUAUAAAUCGGAAAAACCUUUUGAGUGCUCAGAGUGUGGAAAGAGAUUCAGUCACAGUGAGAAUCUACAAAUGCAUCUAAGAACACACACAGGGGAGAAACCUUUUGAAUGCUCAGAGUGUGCGAAGAGAUUCAGUCGCAGUGGUGAUCUGCAAAAGCAUUUAAGAACCCACACAGAGGAGAAACCUUUUGAAUGCUCAGAGUGUGGAAAGAGAUUCAGUCGCAGUGGCGAUCUUCCAAAGCAUUUAAGAGCCCACACAGGGGAAAAACCUUUUCAGUGCACAGAGUGUGGAAAGAGAUUCAGUCAGAGUAGCGCUCUUCAACAGCAUCAGAGAACUCACACAGAGGAAAAACGUUUUGAAUGCUCAGAGUGU